AUGGCCGGAAGGACCGUUCCACGCUGGCCGGUGGGGGUGGGGGCGCGGCAGGACACAGACAUGCUCCACAGCCACCCACAGAUGGUCAGGACCUCGUCGGACAGACCGGGGCUGGAGGCACAGCCUCAGACUCCUGAGCCUGCCACGAGGCUGCUCCACCUGCUGUCCAGCACUCCUCAGGCAGAGCAGGGGAACCCCAGAAGCAGUGAGGGGGCUCCAACUCGGGGCCAGCUGCAGAGGUCUCAGAGCGCAAGGCAGAUGACAAAGAAGGAACACAGACCCCAGCGACGAAGCAAGAAAGCCCAGAACACCGUGGAGGCCGAGGAUGUCUUCGCCCCUAGGAAGCCUUCCUUUCCCUUCCAGUGGGCCUGGGAGAGUUUCAUCACCAGAACCUCCACCCCGGCACAGCCCGGCGCCAGCUUGGACCCGAGCGCACCAGGCUUCCCCCAGCUCAGGCACAGGUCGGCCGCCAGCCUCCCAGAGGCCCUGGGCUUCUGCCGGAAGCUGGAGGCACAAAACUUGGAGAAGAGGCAGCAGCCAGGGGGCUGGGGCGCCUCACCUCUCAGCAAAGGGGAAAGCCCAGGGCUGCAGGUGCCCCACGAGAGCACCCUCUGGCCACCCAGAAAGUCAGCCAGACCAGAACUGGAGUGGGCAGAGGCUGAGGAGCCUGAGAGAGACCUGAGCCCUUCAGAGCUGCCCCAGCUGCCCCUGCGGGCCUUGACUCUGGAGGAGGAGCUGUUUUCAGACAUGCCCGGGGAGGACGAGGAGGGAGAGCACCAGGCCUCCCAAACGGGGAGGCGGCCUGGUCCUCAGAACAAGGGGCAGAAUUGUGGUGAAGAGGCUUCCAGUGAGGGCCAUGGCUGUGGACAUGGCUCUGGCUCCACCGGCCUCGGUGGGUCACAGAGGAGGAAGGUGAAGGUCAAAGAGCUGCAGGGUCCCUGGGACCUGGAGAUGCCACGCAGGCGAUUACAGCAGAACCUGGACUGUGGCCCCCAGAAGCAGCCUUGGAAAGCUUUCCAGACUCCUGGCCCCGCCUCUGACCGAAGUGGGAAGGCACACGUUGUGGGAGAGGAUGAGAUCUUCCCAUCAACCAACUUCCCCAAUCGCACCUUCCACAAGCGGCAGGAAGCCACCAGGCCAACGCCCGGCUCUCUGUGA